UGCUGCAGUAAAAACAGCAGAAAUGUUUCGCUCGGCUUCUUUAAGAACGGUCGGCUGGAGAACACCACUGGCGCUCCGCCAUGUUGGAGGGAGUGAUCGAUGGAUUAGGAGAGUUAGAAACAAUGAAAGUAUGUGUGGCUGUGGCUCAGGGCUAGAGCCAGCAUCUUGUUAUUGGAAGGUCGCCUUGCAUGGCAGCCACAGACAUCAGUGUACAAAUUGCUUUGGACAAAAGCGUCUGCUAAUUGCCCUAAAUGUAAACGUGUGUGGGUUAAGAAGCAUGAGUGUAAUGAUGAAGCAUCAGUGUAAUGAUGGCGUGGAGGGAGUCCUUCCCUGUAAAACCCCUCUGCAGGGGGAACAUGACAGCCAAACCAAAUCUCAGAGCUCAGGACAGCAGGACACACCAGAUUAUGCUGGACCUGAACCUGAAUGCAGCUGUGAGUCUUUCAAGACUGACAAGUCCAUGGAGCUAUUGACAUCUUUCAAAGAAGAUGCUUUUCCAGUGACAGAUAUGUAUGGGAGACCAGCCUCUGUGGAACCUGGACCUGAAUCCAGCUGUGUGUCCUUCAAGAGUGACCAGUCAAUUGAUCAUUUCAUUGAUUUUAAAGGAGUCAACCAGGAGAGCUCAAAGGUUUCCAGGGAUCAGUCUUCCCAUCCGCAUCAAACACACCUGGACUCCAUAUUUAUGCUGCUGGAGGAAAACAUUGUCACGUUUGUGAAGACUGAACUAAAGAUGAUAAAGAAGGAUCUGAGUUCAGAUAAACCAGAAUGUUUUCAAAGUCCACAUGAGGAGCUUUUCGAUGGUGAGGAUGAAGAGCAGAGGAAGAGCAGCAGAGAGGCAUUUCUGAAGAUCACACUGCACUUCCUGAGGAGAAUGAAGCAGGAGAAGCUGGCUGAAUGUUUGCAGAGCAAAAGUAACUCUGGAGAUUGUCAGCUUAAACUAAAAUCUAACCUAAAGAAGAAGUUCCAGUGUGUGCUCGAGGGGAUUGCUAAAGCAGGAAACCCAACCCUUCUGAAUCAGAUCUACACAGAGCUCUACAUCACAGAGGGAGGGACUGCAGAGGUCAAUAAUGAACAUGAGGUCAGACAGAUUGAAACAGCAUCCAGGAAACCAGACAGAACAGAAACAGCAAUCGGACUAGAAGACAUCUUUAAAGCCUCACCUGGAAGAGAUGAACCAAUCAGAACAGUGAUGACGAAGGGAGUGGCUGGCAUCGGGAAAACAGUCUUAACUCAGAAGUUCACUCUGGACUGGGCUGAAGACAAAGCCAGCCAGGACAUACAGUUCACAUUUCCAUUUACUUUCAGAGAGCUGAAUGUCCUGAAAGAGAAACAGUUCAGCUUCAUGGAACUUGUUCAUCACUUCUUCACUGAAACCAAAGAAGCAGGAACCCACACCUUCGACAAGCCUGAGGUUGUGUUCAUCUUUGACGGUCUGGAUGAGUGUCGCCCUCCUCUGGACUUUCACAACACAGAGAUCCUGACUGAUGUAACAGAGUCUGCCUCAGUAGAUGUGCUGCUGACAAACCUCAUCCGGGGGAAACUGCUUCCCUCUGCUCAUCUCUGGUUAACCACACGACCUGCAGCAGCCAAUCAGAUCCCCCCUGAGUGUGUUGACAUGGUGACAGAGGUCAGAGGGUUCACUGACCCACAGAAGGAGGAGUACUUCAAAAAGAGAUUCAGAAAGAAAAAGCAGGCUGGGAGGAUCAUCUCCCACAUCAAGACAUCACGAAGCCUCCACAUCAUGUGCCACAUCCCAGUUUUCUGCUGGAUCACUGCUACAGUUCUGGAGGAUGUGUUGAGGACCAGAGAGGGAGGAGAGCUGCCCAAGACCCUGACUGAGAUGUAUAUCCACUUCCUGGUGGUUCAGGCCAAAGUGAAGAAUGUUAAGUAUGAUGGACGAACUGAGACAGAUCUACACUGGCAUCCAGAGAGCAGGGAGAUGAUUGUGUCUCUUGGAAAACUGGCUUUUGAGCAGCUGCAGAAAGGCAACCUGAUCUUCUAUGAAUCAGACCUGACAGAGUGUGACAUAAACAUCAGAGCAGCCUCAGUGUACUCAGGAGUGUUCACACAGAUCUUUAAAGAGGAGAGAGGACUGUACCAGGACAAGGUGUUCUGCUUCAUCCAUCUGAGUGUUCAGGAGUUUUUGGCUGCUCUUCAUGUCCAUCUGACUUUCAUCAACUCUGGAGUCAAUUUGCUGGCAGAAGAACAAACAACCUCACAGAAGUCUGAAAAAAGAAAAGAUGAAAGUGCAGAAACACACCUCUACCAGAAUGCUGUGGACAAAGCCUUGCAGUGUCAAAAUGGAUACCUGGAUUUGUUAAUCCGCUUCCUCCUGGGUCUUUCACUUGAGACCAACCAGAAUCUCCUACGAGGUCUGCUGACAAAGACAAGAAGUAGCUCACAGACCAAUCGGGAAACAGUCCAGUACAUCAAGAAGAAGAUCGAAGAGAGUCACGCUGCAGAGAGAAGCAUCAAUCUGUUCCACUGUUUGAAUGAACUGAAUGACCAUUCUCUAGUGGAGGAGAUCCAACAGUCUGUGAGUUCAGGGAAACUCUGUACAGAUAAACUGUCUCCUGCUCAGUGGUCGGCUCUGGUCUUCAUCUUAUUGUCAUCAGAAAAAGAUCUGGAUGUGUUCGAACUGAAGAAAUACUCUGCUUCAGAGGAAACGCUUCUGAGGCUUCUGCCAGUGGUAAAAGCCUCAGAGAAAGCUCUACUGAGGGGCUGUAACCUCGCAGAGAGAAGCUGCACGGCUCUGUCUUCAAUUCUAAGCUCCAAGUCCUGUAGCCUGAGAGAGCUUGACCUGAGUGAUAACAACCUGCAUGAUUCAGAAGUGAAACUGCUUUCUGCUGGACUCGAGAGUCCACACUGUACACUUGAAAGUCUCAGGCUGUCAGGGUGUAUGAUCACAGAAAAAGGCUGUAUUGCUCUGGCCUCAGCUCUGAGCUCCAACCCUUCCCAUCUGAGAGAGCUGGACCUGAGCUAUAAUCAUCCAGGCGACUUAGGAGUGAAGUUGCUGUCUGCUGGACUGCACAAUCCAGAAUGGAGACUUGAGACUCUCAGGAUGGAGCCUGGUGGAGUCCAGUGGUUGACACCAGGUCUGAGAAAGUAUUCCUGUGAACUUGCAGUUGACACAAACACAGUAAACAGAAAUAUCAAAGUGUCUGACAACAACAGGAAAAUGACAUAUUUGGGGGAGGAUCAGUUGUUUCCUGAUCAUCCAGACAGAUUUGACCCCUGUCCUCAGUUGCUGUGCACAACUGUACUUACUGGUCGCUGUUACUGGGAGGUUGAAUGGAGAGGAAGAGUUUCUAUAUCUGUGACCUACAGAGGAAUUGGACGGAAAGGAGACAGUGAUAACUGUGUGUUUGGAGAGAAUGAUCUGUCCUGGAGACUGAUCUGCUCAGAUGGUGGUCGUUACUAUGUCUGGCACAAUAACAGUAGAACAUCCAUCAUCUCCUCCUCCUCUGUCUCUAACAAGGUAGCAGUGUAUGUGGACUGUCCUGCUGGCACUCUGUCCUUCUACAAAGUCUCGUCUGACACAAUGAUCCACCUCCACACCUUUGACACCACAUUCACUGAGCCUCUUUAUCCUGGCUUUGGCUUUGGUUUCCAGGCUGGUUCCUCAGUGUCUCUGUGCUCUUUGUAAGAGGGAGAGUCUUCACUUGUUAGACAAACAUCAUCACUGUGACACUGUAUAGACUCAACUGAUCUGUUCAGCAUCACAGUUACACACUGUAAGUACAAAAAGUCUAAAGUCACUCAUCAAAAUACUUACCGUAUUUUCACGACCAUAAGGCGCACCUAAACGUCUCAAAUUUUCUCCAAAAUGUGCGGCGCGCCCUAUAGUGCAGUGCACCUAAUGUGUUGUUUUUUUGUAAGGCGGACUACAUGAGAAUGUUGAAGGGUGAAGUGUGGGCGUUAUUGUUGUUGUUGUAAGACGGACGUAACAGAGGACUAGAUGAGAACGUUGUACCGGUAUGUGCAUCAUUGUUUUGGCAACCCCGAUAAUGGCAAAGAGAUACGCUUACGAAGCACAGUUUAAACUGAAAGCUGUCAGUUACGCGGUGGAACAAGGGAAUCGAGCAGCCGCGAGGGAAUACAAUA